UCAUCAGGAAGAGACUUGCUGAAGUUACUCAGUGCCAUUACGGUGUUUUCUCCUGUGACAGUGCACCAUCAAGCUCGGCCUGUAGGGAUGAUUGAAGGGCUCUGGGGAGGUUCCUCAGUUAAAUUGCCCUUAUUGCUUCUAAGUGUCUGAGGUUCCAUUAUGUAUCAUCAUUCCUUUGGUUCUCGAAGGUGUUGUCCAUUUUCCAGUUAAGGCACAAAUAUCUCCUGAGAAAGUUCACACUUCAGCUCUUAGCAGCAGCCAACAGUUUAUUGCUGUUUUCUGUCCUGGAACCUAGAAGAGCCGCUGAGGGUUUAACACGGACGGCCACGGCUGGCUUCCCGGUUUGGCCCACGGCUGGGUCACCAUCAUCCUCAACAGCCAAUCUUUAAUGACCAUCCACCUAGUAACAAUGACAAUUAACUUGGAAAUCUUGAACUGUAUUUUCAAAAUAAGAAGGAGUUCAUUAAUAAAAUGACAAGUCCUGUCUUCCCCAUCCACUCUGGGUCAGCCGGUCACUAGCUGUGUGACCACUGGCAGGUUGCUCCUCAUCUGUGAAAUGGGCUAAUAAUGUUACCUCCCUCCUGAGGAGGUUACAAGAUGCAAAGGAAAUAAAUUCUCUAAAGCGCGGAGCCCAGGGCUUAGCCCAGAGUAAACAGUCAGUGAAUCAUCAGUGUGUGAAUUUUCUCUCCCUAGGUUAGUACAUAGUUGAGUUUCUUCAUGCUGUGUUGGUUUUGUGCUAAAAUCAUGUGUGUCAUUCCACAGAGUGAUCCAUAUGAAUUCAGAUAUUAGUCCAUCAAAAAGAGCAAUAAAGACCCCCUAUAUUGGCCAGAGCCCACAUGAUGCUUCCUAUUAUGUAUUCUUCAUAUUUGAAAAUACACAGAAGUAAAAUAAAGCAUCAGGAUAAAAGAAAUCCUGAAACUGUUUUUAAGCUUAUAUAACACGUAGAUAGUGUUUACUGUAUGCUUUAUAAAUAUGAACUCAUUUAAUCCCCAUACGAUUCCAUCAGGUAAAUUGUAUUAUCCCCAUUUUACACACGAGGAAACUGAGGCACUGGGGGUUAAGUCAUUUCCUGAGGUCACAAAGCUAGUGUAAGAAUUGGAACCAGGAUUUAAACCAGACAUUUAGACCCCAAGGGCUGUUAACUGUUAUCCUAUGCUGUGAGCAUGCGUGAACACACACACACACACACACACACACACAGGCUUCUCCUUCCAUUAUGCUUCCAUUCACUUUCCUUGAAAAUGUACGAUGCUCAGAAUUUUAUAGACAUUCCUUAGUGUAAUCACGUCUGGGGGGAUGGAAAGUAAGAUGUCCAGGAAAGGAAGAGGAGUGGAUUUUUAAUAAAGAGGAGCCUCUGCUAAGGUGUAAUGGUUUCUGGGAGGCAGAGAGGGUUGAGCAAGAAUUGCCGCUUCUGAAGACUUCUGACAACAUUCCUUCUCUCCACCCUCAAAUGCAGAAGCCCAUGAACGUGAGACAGCCAGGAAGAGUUAUCAGUGGCCAGCUUCCAGAUGAAAGGAGAGAAGAGGAAAAAGGAGAUUUUCAGAACCCAGUUGUGUUAAACGUGGUAACAGAGGAGCCUAACAGUGAAGGAGGCAAAAAAGAUAAGAGGUUCCUGCCCCUGGGGGCAAGGCAUUCAGUUGCCACAUCAAUGCAUGGGCACAGCAAGGGAUGAACGCAGCUCUGCAGAGGCCACAGACGACCCACUGGGGUAGUGAGCAGCCCUGAAGUGCCAAUGCUGUUACAAGUCCUGGGCCAGUUACAACUACAAUCCCCGCCCCGUCCCUGGCCCACUGUCUAGUGGGGGAGGGGGUGACCAUGAGAGAGCAAAUAGUCAUACUGCUACGGAAGCACAGAGCUGGUUCCACGCAGACAGAUCCUGGAAGAUGUUCCCAGACAGACACCAUGUCUGCCAGGUCCUGAAGUGGGAGAGGGCUCCCAGGAACUUGCUGCCAUUGGGCAGAACUGAUGGGGAUGGUGGGGGGAGGAAGGGAAGUUUGGAAACUCUUCAGGACGUAACAUGGAGAAGACUGGACACCAAAUGGUUGUGGGAGUGAAGGUCGGACAAGGUCAAAGGCGGCCCCGAGCCUCUUGGGAAACCAGGAUGUACUGACUGAGGAGCUGGUAGACAUUCUAACAGCAGGUCUCCGCCACCGCCCGCCCGUCAAUUGCCCCUCCAUUCACCUUGCCGUCCAGACGGUGCUGGGGAGACACAAAGCAUCUUGAGUACUUCCUCAUUACCUCAUGGCAGUGAAAAGAAGAUGGAUUUUCCACCGCCUACUUCCUUCUCCAGUGGGUAAACAUAGAGCGUCCUCAGCGUUUCUGCAAGAGCAGGGCUCUGUGGUUGAAUUACAAAGUCACCUCUUCAGCCAGCUCAUUCUGGAUAAAUGAAUGAUUAGACUAAGUGCCAUCCACACUUCCUCCAGGGGAGCAUCUCUCUCUCAAUUUCCUGCUUCCUUCUGACAUAAUGCCCCCCUCCCCUACGUGUCAAGAAGUGGUUCUUCUGUCUCAAGGCUCUUAACGGCUGAGCAUUUGAAGUGGUAGACGCUGCUUCCUGCCUUACCAUGGGCAGAAAGAGGAGCGAGUCCGUGGAUGUGGAUACAGACCCUGACUUCGGGAAACUUCUUCUGCUAAUUCAAAGAGCCUGAGAAAAACUGGCUGCAUCCAAAGUCUUGGCAAAGGAUCAUUUCAUGGACUCACUUCCCUCACUGUUAACCAUGCUGCCUUGCUCCCAGGACCACGGAAAGCCGACUGACCAUUAAUCUUGCUCAGAGCGCAAACUAUACUGCAGGUUAAAAUGGGGAACUCCGAGAGUCAGUACACCCUUCAAGGAUCUAAAAAUCAUAGCCAUACUAUUACUGGUGCUAAGCAAAAGCCUUGCUCCCUGAAAAUACGCAGCAUUCAUGCAAAAGAUGACAAGUUGUUGCAUGGAUGGGGUCACGGAGGCAGCGGAGCAGGUUACAAGUCCAGGUCCCUGGCCCGAAGCUGCCUUUCUCACUUUAAGAGUAAUCAGCCUUAUGCAUCGAGACUGGGUGGACCCACGUGCAAAGUCUCGAAAGGCAGUGUCUGCUCCAAGCACAGGACAAAUGCCUCAGGAAGUGAUUUCCAGGGCAGCAAUGUUGCCUCCUCCUCCGAGAAUGGCUUCCACUAUUUCGGGCAUGAACCGGCGGAUAACCACGUGGCAGAGAACCAGGUGCCCUCCAGGGACUGCAAUGGACAUCUUCUCAACUGCUAUGGCAGACACGAGAGCGUUGCAUCCACCCCGCCCGGCGAGGACAGAAAGAGCCCCAGAGUGCUCAUCAAGACGCUGGGCAAGUUGGACGGGUGUCUCCGGGUCGAGUUCCACAAUGGUGACCACCACAGCCCAGGGCCCCCGGGGGACUCGGGCGGGCCCGUGCAGCUGCUGCGGUACUCGCCCACCCUGACCCCCGGAGCCGACUCCCCGCCCAGCACCCGCCUCUCCGCCACCGACUCGCACCCGCGCUCCAGCAAGGGCAGCUCCCUGAGCUCGGAGUCGUCUUGGUACGACUCGCCCUGGGGCCACGCUGGCGAGGUCGGCGAGGCUGGGGAGGUCGGCGAGGUCUGCGAGGCCGAGGGCCCCUUCCUGGCCUCCGGCACCCCUGACCCCAGCCUCCAUGGCUUCCCUCCUAGGGAUGCCCAGAAGCCUUUCAACCAAAGCUCUUCCCUCUCCUCCCUCCGGGAACUCUACCCAGCUGCCACCCUGGGGAGCCUGUCCCCCUCCGCUGUCCGACUCUCCGAUGAAUACAUCGGCGCGCACGCCAACCUCAGCCACCGCGUCUCCUUCGCCUCCGACAUUGAUGUGCCCUCCAGAGUGGAGCACAGGGACCCGGGCCAGUACGCGUCCUUCACUCUCCCCUGCCGGAAGUCCAAAGCCUUGACAGAGGACACGUCCAAGAAGGACACUCUGAAAGCCAGAAUGCGCCGGAUCAGCGACUGGACCGGAAGCCUUUCCAGAAAGAAAAGGAAACUCCAAGAGCCGAGGUCCAAGGAGGGCAGUGACUACUUUGACAGCCGCUCAGAUGGACUGAAUGCGGACAUGCAGGGACCUUCCUGGGCGUCUGCCACGCUCUGGUCGGGGGGCUCGGCUCAGAUCCUGUCCCAGAGAAGUGAAUCCGCUCACGCGAUUGGCAGCGAUCCCCUCCGACAGAACAUUUAUGAGAAUUUCAUGCAAGAGUUGGAAAUGAGCAGGACCAACACGGAGAACGUAGAAACAUCCACAGAAACCGCCGAGUCCAGCAGCGAGUCCCUCAGCUCUUUGGAACAACUGGAUCUGCUGUUUGAGAAGGAACAAGGGGUGGUCCGGAAAGCAGGAUGGCUCUUCUUCAAACCCCUUGUCACUCUGCAGAAGGAAAGGAAGCUCGAGCUGGUGGCUCGGAGGAAGUGGAAGCAGUACUGGGUAACGCUUAAAGGAUGCACCCUGCUAUUUUAUGAGACCUACGGGAAGAAUUCCACGGACCAGAGUAGCGCUCCUCGGUGCGCCCUGUUUGCAGAAGACAGCAUCGUGCAGUCUGUCCCAGAACAUCCCAAGAAGGAAAAUGUCUUCUGCCUCAGCAACUCCUUUGGUGAUGUCUACCUUUUCCAGGCCACUAGUCAGACAGACCUGGAAAACUGGGUCACUGCCAUACAUUCGGCGUGCGCAUCCCUUUUUGCAAAGAAGCGUGGGAAAGAGGACACCAUUCGGCUACUGAAGAACCAGACCAAAAACCUCAUUCAGAAGAUAGAUAUGGACAGCAAGAUGAAAAAGAUGGCAGAGUUACAGCUGUCCGUGGUGAGCGACCCAAAGAACAGGAAAGCCAUAGAAAACCAGAUCCAGCAAUGGGAGCAGAACCUGGAGAAAUUUCACAUGGAUCUCUUCAGGAUGCGCUGCUACCUGGCCAGCCUGCAAGGCGGGGAGUUGCCAAACCCGAAGAGCCUCCUUGCUGCUGCCAGCCGCCCCUCCAAGCUGGCCCUCGGCAGGUUGGGCGUCUUGUCGGUUUCCUCUUUCCACGCUCUGGUAUGUUCUAGAGAUGACUCUGCUCUCCGGAAAAGAAAACUCUCACUGACCCAGCGAGGAAGAAACAAGAAGGGCAUAUUUUCUUCAUUAAAAGGGCUGGAUACACUGGCAAGAAAAGCAAAGGAGAAAAGACCUUCUAUAACUCAGAUAUUUGAUUCAACUGGCAGCCACGGAUUUUCUGGAACUCAGCUACCUCAAAACUCCAAUAACUCCAGUGAGGUGGAUGAACUUCUGCAUCUGUAUGGCUCAACAGUAGAUGGUGUUCCUCAAGACAACACGUGGGAAAUCCAGACUUACAUUCACUUUCAGGAUAAUCAAGGAGUUACUGUAGUGAUCAAGCCAGAACACAGAGUAGAAGAUAUUUUGACUUUGGCAUGCAAGAUGAGGCAGUUGGAGCCCAGCCACUAUGGCCUCCAACUCCGAAAAUUAGUCGACGAAAACAUUGAGUGCUGUAUUCCUGCGCCGUAUGAAUAUAUGCAAGAACAGGUUUACGAUGAAAUAGAAGUCUUUCCGCUAAACGUCUAUCAUGUGCAGCUCACGAAGACUGGGAGCGUGUCUGACUUUGGCUUUGCAGUGACAGCGCAGGUGGACGAGCAUCAACGUCUCAGCCGAAUAUUUAUAAGCGACGUCCUCCCUGACGGCUUGGCAUAUGGGGAAGGGCUGAGAAAGGGCAAUGAAAUCAUGACCUUAAAUGGGGAAGCCGUCUGUGAUCUUGACCUUAAGCGGAUGGAGGCCCUAUUUUCUGAGAAGAGCGUUGGACUCACUCUGAUUGCCUGGCCGCCGGACACAAAAGGAACCCUGUGUUCUUCCUGGUCAGACAGUGACCUGUCCUCAAGGGACCAGAAGAGUCUGUUGCCCCCUCCUAACCAGUCCCAACUUCUGGAGGAAUUCCUGGAUAACUUUAAAAAGAACACAACAAAUGAUUUCAGCAACGUCCCUGACAUCACAACUGGCCUGAAAAGGAGUCAGACUGAUGGCACCCUGGAUCAGGUUUCCCACAAGGAGAGAAUGGAGCAGACGUUCAGGAGUGCUGAACAGAUCCCUGUGCUGUGUAGGAGUUUUAACGACACCCAGACUGACAGCAUGGAAGGACCAAGAGAGGGUCAGGAGGCCACUCCGAGGCCGCUGGCCCGCCACCUCUCUGAUGCAGAUCGCCUCCGAAAAGUCAUCCAGGAGCUCGUGGACACGGAGAAGUCCUAUGUGAAGGACCUGAGUUGCCUCUUUGACUUAUACUUGGAGCCGCUUCAAAAUGAGACCUUUCUGACCCAAGAUGAGAUGGAGUCACUCUUUGGAAGUCUGCCAGAGAUGCUGGAAUUUCAGAAGGUGUUUCUGGAGACCCUGGAGGACGGGAUUUCAGCAGCAUCUGACUUUAACCUGCUUGAAACCCCCUCGCAGUUUAGAAAACUACUGUUUUCCCUUGGAGGCUCUUUCCUUUAUUAUGCGGACCACUUUAAACUGUACAGCGGAUUCUGCGCUAAUCAUAUUAAAGUACAGAAGGUUCUAGAGCGAGCUAAAACUGAUAAAGCCUUCAAGGCUUUUCUGGAUGCCCGGAAUCCCACCAAGCAGCACUCCUCCACGCUGGAGUCCUUCCUCAUCAAGCCGGUCCAGAGGGUGCUCAAGUACCCGCUGCUGCUCAAGGAGCUGGUGUCCCUCACGGACCACGAGAGCGAGGAGCACUACCACCUGACAGAGGCACUGAAGGCAAUGGAGAAGGUAGCGAGCCACAUCAAUGAGAUGCAGAAGAUAUACGAGGACUAUGGGACCGUGUUUGACCAGCUCGUAGCAGAGCAAAGUGGGACAGAGAAGGAGGUGACAGAACUUUCAAUGGGCGAACUUCUGAUGCACUCUACAGUUUCCUGGUUGAAUCCGUUUCUGUCUCUAGGAAAAGCCAGAAAGGACCUUGAGCUCACAGUAUUUGUUUUUAAGCGAGCCGUCAUACUGGUUUAUAAAGAAAACUGCAAACUGAAAAAGAAAUUGCCCUCGAAUUCCCGGCCUGCACACAGCUCUGCUGACCUGGACCCAUUUAAGUUUCGCUGGUUGAUCCCCAUAUCCGCACUUCAAGUCAGACUGGGGAAUACAGCAGGCACAGAAAAUAAUUCUGUAUGGGAGCUGAUCCAUACGAAGUCAGAAAUAGAAGGACGGCCAGAAACCAUCUUCCAGUUGUGCUGCAGUGACAAUGAAAGCAAAACCAACAUCGUCAAGGUGAUUCGAUCUAUUCUGAGGGAGAACUUCAGACGUCACAUAAAGUGUGAAUUACCCUUGGAGAAAACAUGUAAAGAUCGCCUGGUACCCCUUAAGAACCGAGUUCCUGUUUCAGCCAAAUUAGCUUCCUCCAGGUCCUUAAAAGUCCUCAAGAAUUCCUCCAGCAGCGAGUGGCCCAGCGAGCCUGGCAAGGGCAGCUCGUUGGACUCCGACGAGGGCAGCCUGAGCAGCAGCACGCAGAGCAGCAGCUGCCACACAGCCGGGAGCAGGCAGGACGCCCUGCAACAUCCCCACACGGGCUUGGCCGACUUUUCAGACCAUCUCAUCAAAGAGAGCGAUAUUCUGAGUGACGAAGAUGAGGACUACCAUCAGAUUGUGAAACAAGGCAGCCCGACCAAAGACAUCGAAAUCCAGUUCCAGAGACUGAGAAUAUCCGACGGCCCCGACGCUCGGCCGCCCGGACAGCAGCCUGGCACGGACGGCCAGCCAGGAGGGGAGCAGCCCAGACUGGUCCGGGGGCACUUCUGUGCCAUUAAACGGAAAGCGAACAGCACCAAAAGGGACAGGGGAACUCUGCUGAAGACGCAGACUCGUCACCAGUCCCUUGACAGUCAAUCUGAAAAUGCUAGCCUGGAUCUCAAUUCUGUCCUAGAGCGAGAAUUCAGCGUCCAGAGUCUCACGUCAGUCGUCAAUGAGGAGUGUUUUUAUGAAACUGAGAGCCACGGAAAAUCAUAGUACAAUUUCAAUCCAGAUAUGGGUUAAAUUGCUCAUUUGUCUUUUAAACUGGUGGUAAAGUGGAAAUGGCAGAAAAACCAUUCAUUAUUGGGUUUUGUGCAGCAUACAUUUUCCCACAAAAUAGUUGUAAAGAUUUAAGUUAUUUUAAUUUAUUGUGGAUCAGAAAACUAGAUUAAACCGGUCAGAAUUUGUAAAUUACUUAGUUUUACAUCCCUUUUGAGCAGGUAUCAAAAUGACUUAGAAUCCUUAAAAUAAAAUUCCAUUCUAAUUAUUUUAAUUUAUGUGGAAAAAGCAAGGUGGGGAAGUUGUGAUUAAUAGCUUUUAAAAAGAUCAUUUCUUUCCAAUCCUCUGGGCAUUUUCUUUGAGCUGUUAGUUUUUGCUUUAUUUAAAGCAUCUUUAAGUUAUUUUAAUGUGGGUUAGGGGCACACUGUGCAGAUACUUCAUUUUUGUAAGGUUGUAAUAGAUGCUGUUU